UGUCCAACUGCUCUGCACUCAUUUCCCUCCAGCCAGAGCAGUAUGACAGCAGCCUCAGUAACCAUGACCUCCUUCUCAAACCGUAGCUUUGUGGCCUCUGGUGGAGCCAUGAGAAUGGGCUAUCCUCACUAUUCCGGUGGUAGCAUGGGAGGUGGCCAGAUCAGCGCCAUGGGGGCCGGCAGCGUGUACAGGGAUGCAGGUGGCUCCGGGGUGCGCAUCUCCAAUGCCUCUAACACUUACUCUGCUGGUGGUGGUUUUGGCAUGGGUGGUGGGGCUGGUGGCUUCAACGUGUCUGACUCUGUCGAUGUGAACGAGAACAAGAAGGCCACCAUGCACAACCUGAACGACCGUCUGUCCUCCUACCUGGACAAGGUCCGCUCCCUGGAGAAGGCCAACGCUGAUCUGGAGCAUAAGAUCUGCAUGUUCCUGGAGGCCAGGACCAAGACAGAAUUUCAUGACUGGACUGCCUUCAAGGUUACCAUCCAUGAACUCCAAGAUAGGAUCGUUGAUGCCACUCAUUUGAAUGGAGGAAUCUACCUGGCCAUUGACAACGCUAAGCGGGCCACAGAUGACUUUCAAGCAAAGUAUGAGAAUGAGCUGGCUAUGAGGCAGGCUGUGGAGGCCGACAUCAGUGGGCUGAGGAGGGUGCUGGACGAGCUGACCUUGGCCAGAUCUGACCUGGAGAUGCAGAUCGAGGGGCUUAGAGAGGAGUUGACCCACCUCAAGAUGAACCACGAGGAGGACCUCUUGGCCAUGCAUAAUCAGAUGAGCGGCCAGGUCAACGUGGAGGUGGACGCUGCACCACAGGAAGACCUCACCAAAGUCAUGGCUGAAAUCCGCGACCACUACGAGGCCGUCGCUAACAAGAACUGUAAAGAUCUGGAGGGCUGGUUCAAUGCCAAGUCAGAAGAAAUCAACAAUGUUGUGGCAGUCAGCACAGAGAACCUCCAAUCAUCCAGAUCUGAAAUCACUGAAGUUAAGCGCACACUGAAAAGUCUAGAAAUCGAACUCCAAUCUCAACUCAGCAUGAAAGCAUCUCUGGAAGGCACCCUGGCUGAAACACAGAGCCGCUAUGCCAACAUGCUAGCUGGCUAUCAGAGGCAGGUGACCAGCCUGGAGGACCAGCUUGGUCAUCUUCGUGCUGACCUGGACCGCCAGGACCAACAGUACAGAAUGCUACUGGACAUCAAGACCAGAUUGGAGAUGGAGAUCGCUGAGUACAGGAGACUGCUAGAAGGAGAGUUUUCCAGUCCCUCAACCGUCACCACCACUAAUACCUUUUUGCAGAAGGUGGUAACCUAUGUGCAGGAGAUUGUUGAAGGCGAGGUGGUCAGCACCAACUCAGACGCUGUGCAAGAGAUCGUGGAUGAAGAUCAAUCUUGAACUGGGAGCCACACGGAACAGAACACAAAUCCCCUGGUGCCUGCUGUCAACCUUACUCAGAGCGAUUAAGAAAUAAAAGUGAUCCGAGGUGAUGAAACUACAUUUUUGUCUCUUGCGCUUUUUUAUUUUAAAAAAAAUGUUUACAAUCAAAACUGUUUCCUAUAAAGUAGUGACAAUUUUGACAGCUGUGGUUGCCACCGAGAUGGUCAAUACCAAUUCUAAAAUGUCACAAACACCAUGUUUCUUGCCCUUGGUAAAUUUGGAUCAUUUACUGUUAUUAAAGGCCCAUUGCA